AUGUACGGCUUGUUAUUCACAGACAACGAUGAAGCAGCGUUUUCUAAUCAAUUUUUAUGGCAGAAUAUUGGUUAUUUAAUUGUAUACUUAUAUGCCGCAGAAAUACGUGUAAAGAUAUCGAUUAUAUUACAAAUAAUCUAUUUGACAUUAUCAAUGGUUGGCUAUUUUAUUCUGGAAAUAAAAGAACGUAAACGAAAUAAAGAUGAUAAAAAUCACAAUGACAGAGGAGAACAAGAUUUUGAUGCAUCAAUCGUUAAGUUUUGA